AGCGUGCAGGGCGCAGCGCGCAGCCGAUGAUAGGUUGGUUUAGCGUCAAUGCUGGUCUCAUGGAAGAUAAAAAGGAACUAGUGCGCUGUUGCACUUGUCUUAGUGCACUUUCGAGGAGACCUUAAGACGCACGGGGCUCGUUGCAGGGCUAAAGGGUCCUCCUCCGCAAAAGCUUUCGGACCCGUUCAACGCACCUAUUGAUGACUGAUAUGCUGGUUCACCUUUGUUCUGAACCAGCAGGCUUGAGAUUUGGUUUAGUUUCCAUGUGCUGAAUCCUAACUCAGCAGCGCCUUAUCGAUUUGUUAUACGCCAAAACUGGUCAUUCCAAUUACGCGUGUAGGAGCAGUCUGGAAGCAUCAGCAUUUAUUAAUUGAUUAUUUAAUUAAUUGUGAAAAUGAAUUUCGACCAGAUCUUGUCUCUGGUCGGGGGAUUUGGGAAGUACCAGAAGGUCCUGUACUUGUGGGUCAGUUUCCCGCAGCUGAUCCUCGCCUGGCACAUGAUGGUGACGGUGUUCACCGGAGCACAGCCGCCCCACCACUGUCCCCAACACGGGAACUCGCUGCUCGACACCGCUUCAGUGGCGUCCGCCUCCUUUGUCCUCCACCAGAACCUAAGCACUUCGGUCCCGGCCGACGGACCAGGACCGAACCACUCGUCCUGUUACUCUGUUAUAAUUCGGGACAACCGGAGUGUGCGUGUCCAGUCGUGUGAACAAGGAUGGGUCUACAGCAAUGAAACUUUCCUGAGCACCGUGGUCACCGAGUGGGACCUGGUGUGUGACAGAGAAUGGCUGAACAGCCUGGCAUCCGCCGUCUACAUGUUCGGGCUGUUGGUGGGAUCUGUUGUGUUCGGGUUCAUGGCAGACAGGUAUGGCCGUCGUUUCGUCCUGCUCUUGGCACUGGCUCUCCAGACAGUGUUUGGUUCGUUGGCGGCCUUUGCACCAAACUUCCCGAUCUACGUGUGUCUACGCUUUGUAGUGGGCAGCACCAUCUCCGGAGUCAUCAUCAAUGCCUUUGUGAUAGGUACUGAGUGGACUUGUACCGAGCGCCGCGUGCUUGCCCCCAUAGCCACUGAUUUUGCCUUUAGCUUUGGCGUCAUGUCACUAGCAGGUCUAGCCUACCUGAUGCGAGACUGGAGACAUUUACAGCUGGCUAUAUCUGUACCCGGUUUCCUCCUCAUCUGGUACAUAUGGGUGAUUCCUGAGUCUGCCCGCUGGUUGCUGACCAAGGGUCGCACCGACGACGCCAUGGUUCUUCUGCGCAAGGCCGCCCUGACCAAUGGCCGCCAAUUACCGCCAAGUAUACAGUUCGACAAGGCUCUGACCGGUGGCAAGAAGCAGACGUACACACCACUGGAUCUCAUGCGAACACCUCAGUUGAGGAAGAUGGUCAUCAUCCUCUUCUAUUUGUGGUUUGUCAAUGUGCUGGUGUAUUACGGCCUGUCUCUGGGGGUCUCCAGGCUGGGCAGCAACAUCUACAUGACCCAAUUUGCGUUCGGGCUGAUCGAGAUCCCCGCCCGGUGCCUGGUGCUGCUGGUGCUGCCCUGGAGCCGGCGCCUGGCCCAGGGUGGCUUCCUGGCCUUCGGGGGGGCGGCCUGCCUGCUCAUGCUAGCAGUCCCUGCUGACCACCCCAACAUCAUCACCGGUCUCGCCCUGGCGGGGAAGUUUGGCAUCACAGCCUCCUUCUGCGUUAUCUACAUCUACACAGCCGAGUUAUUCCCCACAGUUCUCCGCCAAACAGGUAUCGGCAUGUGCGGUGUGUUUGCGCGGAUAGGCGGGGUGCUAGCCCCCCUCAUCAACCUGCUGCACAUCCACAGUCCGGUCACCCCCCUGCUCAUCUUCGGGACCGCGCCCCUGCUGGGAGCCGCGCUGUGCGUGGCCCUGCCAGAGACCGCCGGCAGACCGCUACCUGACACCGUGGAAGACGCCGAGAACUGUGACACAAGCACCUAUACCGCACCAUUCAGCUCCGGACUAUGUGAAGACACCAGCAAAUCAAUACCCAGCAAAGAAGAACAGGAAUGCUGCAUUUAGCAAGCCAGUCUUCACGUGCAUGCAUGGAUAAUCCCCCACAUUGAUGAACAGAAUUGCCAUUGCAACUAUGCAAAAAUAAGAUACCAAAAGAUGGGAAUUAUGGGCAUAAUCUAAUGAAAGAAUUGAUGCUCAGAACAUUUGAGCUAAUUGGUCAAAUAUAGUUAUAUACAGUUAAAUUUACAAUGACAUAUUAUGAUUAUUAUUAUUAUAACUUUAUUCAAGACACAGGAAGGUCCACAUAGACAGCACACUACAUAUAUAUACACAUAUACAUACACAUAUAUAUAUACGCAUAUAAAUACACACACACACACACACACACACACACACACACACACACACACACACACACACACACACACACACACACACACACACACACACACACACAAAUGAAUAAAUGCUGGGUUGAGGGAUAUAUUGUAUUGUAUUUGGCUGCUUUACUGGCACAGAGCCAUCAGAUAACAUCUUGCUUGGCCUGAAGGACAGCUCUAGACUUAAAUGAUUCAAACAUUCCACACGUCACUUACCACUACUCUCUAAUGUACAUUAACUUUCCUUACCUCUGCAUUUAACACAGCAUCUUCGUCUGUACAGUUAGCUAGCCCCUCUUACAUAUUAUCCGCCUAUUAACAUAACACACACACACACACACACACACACACACACACACACACACACACACACACACACACACACACACACACACACACACACACACACACACACACACACACACACACACACAAAACAAUAUAAAACAUUUAAGAAGGAAUGCAAAUGAGGCAUUAUCAAUUAUAAUACAAACAUAAUUAAAACGCAUACAAGCUAUAUAUAUGUAUAUAGACUUUGUUUUAGCCUUCUGGUGCUUUUUGGUCAUUUAAUUUAUACAUUUCAGUAGGCAAAUACACAUAAUUGUGGGCCAUAGAUAGGCUAUUAUGCUUUUAUACUACUACAAACAGUUAUAUGAGCUUUAAACAGCCUCAUUUACUAAAAUGUGAACUAAUACAAUUCAAUAAUACCGGAUUCUUGAAAGAUCAAGAUUACCUUUUUUUUGCCAUUAUAUUUUGUAUAUAAUUUAAGGUCUUUCAAAGAUUAUCCAGACUUUUUAAUCAAGUAUACCUGAAAUUGUCCAGCUUUUAAUGCAUGCUGCAUGCAACCAUUUGAUUAUGCAUAAUGUAAUUUUGUAUUUGGGUCCUUAACUUCUAUUCAGGUAUUGCAUUUAUAAAAGUAAAAUAAAGAAAAAACCUCUUAAACUGCA